AGCAGAUGACGGUGAUGAUGAUGAUGAAAAUUAUUCGCGCUGAAUGAGAAUAAAUGUGUGACUUUCAUCUCUUUUAUUUCUUCAGUGACUUCACAAGUUUUAUUUCCGGUGUUUAUUUUCGGCGGGAGAUUUGCGAGUUGUCUGUAACGCAGUAACACUCCAGGAAACAAGUGAAAUCUGUGUGACACUGUUGUAAAGAUGUUUAUUAAAGAGGAGAGUGAAGAUAUGGGUUAUCGAGAAGCAUGCAGAAUUAAAACCGAACACACUGACGAACGAACAGACUUGAUGGAAAUUAAAAAAGAAAAUCAAGAAUCGAUUGAAGUGAAAGAGGAAAGUCAAGAACUGAGUGAAGUGAAGGAGGAACAUCAGAAUCCUCAUUCCAUAACUGAAGAAAAAUCUUUUAGUAGCUCACAAACCAAAACUCAAGCCAAAAAUCCUUGCACAUCCCCUCAGUGUGAAAAACGUUUCACACAGAAUGAAAAUCUUAAGGUACACUUAAGAUGUCUCUCCGGAGAGAAACCUUUCACGUGCCCUCAAUGUGGAAAGACAUUCAUACGGAAAAGAGGUUUUAAGGAUCACAUAAGAAGUCACACUGGUGAGAAGCCUUUCAAUUGCCAUCAGUGUGGAAAGAGUUUCAUACAGAAAGAAAGUCUUAAGAGACACAUAAGAAUUCACACGGGAGAGAAACCUUUCACUUGUCGUCAUUGUGGAAAGAGUUUCAUACGGAAAAGUACUCUUAAGGAGCACAUAAGAUGUCAUAAUGGAGAAAAACCUUUCACUUGCCAUCAGUGUGGAAAGAGCUUCAAACAGAAUGAAAAUCUUAGGGUACACUUAAGACGUCACACCGGAGAGAAACCAUUUACGUGCCCUCAAUGUGGAAAGACUUUCAUACGGAAAAGAGGUUUUAAGGAUCACAUAAGAUGUCACACUGGAGAAAAGCCUUUCACUUGCCACCAGUGUGGAAAGAGUUUCACAAAAAAGGGAGGCCUUAAUAAUCACAUUAGAUAUCACACUGGAGAGAAGCCUCACACUUGCCAUCAGUGUGGAAAAAGUUUCUUUAAUAGUGGACAUUUUCAUGUGCACAUGAAAAGUCACACUGGAGAGAAGCCUUACAUAUGCUCGCAGUGCAUGAAGAGUUUUACGCGUAAAGAAAACCUUGACAUUCACAUGAGAAUUCACACUGGAGAGAAGCCUUACACAUGCCAUCAAUGUGGAAAGAGUUUUUAUCGGUCAUACGCCCUAAAACGACACGAGCGUGUGCAUACUGGAGAGAAACCAUACCACUGUACUUCAUGUGGGAAAUAUUUCAAACAAUCAAGAUCUUUAAGUAAUCAUAGAAAAGUACAUUGCCAUAAGCAAUCUGUAGAUAAUUGCAUGUCAUUGGAAUGCAAUUCAGAGAAAGUCAAAUAAUAAAAUUACUCCUUUGAAAGAAACACUAACACUAAAACCAAUGUGUUCAGAAUUAUCCAAUCACAUUCAAACUCUUGUGCAAAAGUAAUGAUCAUCCAUUCUUCUAAAGAAUCCAGACUGAAGAUAAGCCGUUACAUUGGCAUCCUCUUGGUUGCAUCUGACUGCUGAAGCCAUGGACUGUAAAGAGUCUACUAAGCAUGUGUGGAAUCUCAUUGUGAAAAGGUACCAGUCAGCACAGAGGUACAAAAUUUCAAAGCAUUAGUUAUGCCAUGGAGCACCGUGUAGGUCAUCAUAGACAAGUGGAGGGAAUGGGGCAACACAAUAACAUAAGAACAGGAUAUGUGUCCAAAUAAUGAUGAAAAGACUGGAAGAAAACCCAUGAGGCUGUUGCUUUAAGUAAACAUUGGUAGCCCACUUAAUAUAUUAAUUCAAAUGUUUUCUUUAAUAUUUUUUUUUUUUAAGUAUAUUGUGUUUGCAUGAGUCAUCUGUGAAAUUUUAUGUUUAAAUUUACAUAAAUUCCCAUGAUGUCAUGACAGUGGGAGAAAGACUAUUAGUAAAUACAGGUAUGUGGUAAGGAUUAUUGUAGUAUUUCAGGUUUGGUAUAAUCUAUAAUCUCAUUUACUGUACAAUCUGGCCAGUUGCUGAAGGAACACAAAUAAGUGGAAAUCAAACUUUCAGCUGAGUAUAUUCUGAUCAUGUUGUUUAAGGUAAAUCUGGGAACUGUAUGUAUAUAUUUCCUGUUGUAUCAUAUGUGGAGUAAUACAGAAUGAUGGACAGCUAAACUAAUGGCAGGCUAAAGUUUAACUGGCUGUUUCUUUUAUUGCUGUCUUGGCCCUUAAAGGAAUAUUUCACCAAAAAAUUAUAUUCUCUCAUCGUUUACUCACCCUCAUGCCUUCCCAGAUGUGUAUGUCUUUUUUCAUCUGCUGAAUUCAAUUGAAUAUUUUAGAAGAAUUUCUCAACUUUUAUUUAAAAAAAUUUUUUUUUAAAUUAAAUCUUCGGUUGUGUUCUGUUGAGGAAAGAAAGUCAUACACAUCUGAGAUGACAUGAGGGUGAGUAAAUGAUGAGAGAAUUUUCAUUUUUGGGUGAACUAUUUCUUUUAAGUAAAACAGUUUUGUCUUGUACACCUAUAAAAAUGCUGAAUGAAAAUAAAUUGAAUGAUAAAUCUAACACUAGAAUUUGCAUCUUUACAUGAAGCAGUUAGUUAUUUAUUGAAUACGCCAAUAUUAUUAUUAUGUUCCGAUAUUUGAAAAUGUUUCAUUUAUUACAUAUGUUUUCAAGUAGAUCAGUUAAGUUUAAGGUAAUACAAACUUGGCUGGGUCUUAUAUAUAAAGGGAUAGUUUAUAUCUCAGGUGUGUAUGACUUUCUUCACCAGAACACAUUUGAAGAAAAUUAGAAAACGUUCUCAGCUCAGUAGGUUCUUAAAAUGCAAGUGAAUGGAGAUUUCUCUUUUGAAGCUCCAAAAAUCACAGUCAGCAUGAACUUCAUCGAUACGACUCCAGUGGUUAAAUUAAUGUCUUUUAAAAUGGCACGAAUGAAUUUUGGUGUGAAAAAGUAAAUCUCUAGGUACUUUUUAAAACUCGAAAUCAUGCUUCCUGUCAGCUGCAGUAUGCACAUGUGACGUAAUUGCAUUGGCAACGCGCGAGAACUGGCACACGUGCGUCACAGCCAGAAGAGCAGCGCUAAUAAUACGAGUAGCAGAAAUGCUGUACAGUAGCUUGGUUGGUUUUGGUUUAGAUCUUUUAUUAUCUGUUUCUUUACUUACAGUGGUGCCUUCUUGUGCUUAUCCUGGAUGUCUCAACUGAGUGGAGAAUGUGAGAUUACAUCUGUAUUCAUGGAUACACGAAUAUGGCACCCGAGAGACCACUUGGACACCACCCUCUAGCGAAGCGUUGGAUUAUUGUUAAAAAGUACUAAAAUAUUCAACCGUUUCAGUCCAAAAUAUCGUAUCGCUUUAAAAUGUAACUGCUGAAGUUGUAUUGAUGAUGUCUGUGAUUUUUGGAGCUUCAAAAUACAAAUCUCCAUUCACUUGCAUUUCAAGGGCCUCCUGAGCUCAGACAUUUUUCUUCAAAUGUGUUCUGGUGAAGAAAGAAAGUCAUACAAACCUGAGAUAUAAUGAGGGUGAGUAAAUAAAGAGAGAAUUUUCAUUUUGGGGUGAAAUAUCCCUUUAAAAUCAGUAGUAAUCACUCUCUGUACGUCCAGAAGAUAUAAACUAGUCUGAAACAGAAUUAUGAGACUGAAUAAAGGGAAUAAAAAGACCCUUCUUGGUUUGU